AUGUCCGACGGAAUAUGCUUCAAGUAUAUUCAGGCGACCCGGGAUGAUUGCACGCACCACGUCUGGACUACACAAGAUACUCAGAGAUCGUGCUACAUGGAGGAGCUACGGAUGAUUACGGUCUUCGAGCAUCCUGUCUUCUUCUCUGCUAUAUAA